GACUUACUACAAGUAGUAGUGCCUAGGAUUGCUACUGUGACGAAAGGUGCUAGUCCACUCACACGCUCACAGCACUUCGUUCGCUGCGUGAGCACGCGCCGACUCCGAAAUCCGCUCCUUGGGUACUUCGUUCCAAUCUAUCUGUAGUAUCUACUGCCCUCUGUGCGCCACCAUCCGCGCAGUGCGCCCACGACUACCGCCUCCUGCCCACGCGCUUACCGCGCCAGCUUCCAACCCCUUUCUCUCUCGCCGAAACUUCAAUGCCGCUCGCUAUAUUGAAACUCCGCGGUUUUAUCGCGCUCCCACGGUGCACACACGCGUGCAGCCGCAGUCUUCGACGAGGCAGGACCAGCGACGGGGCCGACUAUGAGGAGGAGCCUGUAGCGGAUGUGACUGUAUCGGUGCCAGUCCCUACCUCCUCCGGGCUGCACCCGGCGCGUCUCGCGACGUUCCCCGUCAGACCGUAUCGGCGCGCCCCCGCUGACCGCCUCUCCCCUACUGACAACCCGCUCCCCGCUGACCGCCUUCCCCCCUCCGACCGCGUUCUUUCUGCUGGUGCCGGGAGACAUCUUAGUGCUGCCGCAGAGAACGCUGAAAUUGUGGGAAGCGGCGGAGGCGGAAGCACAACCCCAGCUGCAGCGGAGGAGAGAGAAUCUGGGACGGGGGCAUCAGAACAGUCGGGGACGCGAGUUGCGGGAGACAUUGCUGCGACGUGCUUGAAACUCGACGGGAGAUCAUCGGCAUGCACGGAGUGUACGGUGUGUCUGUGUGACUUUAACGAGGGGGAGCUGGUUCGGUCUCUGCCGCCCUGCGCGCAUCGGUUCCACGUCAGCUGCAUCGACCACUGGCUCGCCGCCAGGACCACCUGUCCCGUGUGCCGCAUAGACCUCGAGGCAGCAGCGCCAGAUGCAGCUGAAAAGAAAGUGACGACAUUGAAGGUGGAGGGAAACGAAGCAGGCUGACUGGGUUUUCUCGCCGCCAGGACCACCUGCCCUGUGUGUCGAACAGUAGACCUUACAGCACAGACGCCAGAUGUGAGUAUGAGAGGCCGCCUGACAACGAAAUAAAGGGAGGGACGCGAAGCAGUCUGGGAUUGGCUUGAAACAAGGCGAGACCCACGUGCCGCCUUAUGAAGGUGAAGAAAUGAUCGAAACGGUCGGCAGUUGGCGGGUGACAACGGAACAAGCCUGUUCGUGUCCAUCCACUCGGUUAUCAGAAUGCGGGGCGAGCUGACAGGCCGAAACCCUAGAGAGAAAAAAGGGCAGACUAAAACUGAUCGUACGGUGAUCGCCUCUGACAUUGGUUAGGUGGCUGUGCAACGUGUACUAGGUCGUUAGUGUGAUCGCACUGCUAGUCUGCUCUAGCCUGCUUUGAGAGGGCAGGCACGCUUCUGGUGAUACAUCUGUCGUGGGGAGGGAAAGGGCGAGACACAACCAGCAGCAGCAGUGCUGCUGAUUGUGCUAGGUUGUGCCUCAUUUAUUGGUCUCAAUAAGCUUGCAUUCUUUCUCAGGUCGGAAAUCCUAACUAUUCUCACG